GCCGCGGCGCGCGGGGCGGACGGCGGGUAGACUGCGCCUGCUCGGGGAGGCUCCGUCCGGAGGGGCCGCCAUGGGGCUCGCCGGGGCCGCCGCGGCUUCCGCCUCCCUGGCGCGGGUGAGGUUCGCGCCCAGCCCCACAGGUUUCCUGCACCUGGGGGGCCUGCGGACGGCUUUGUACAACUACAUUUUUGCCAAAAAGCACGGAGGACGCUUCAUCCUUCGGCUGGAAGACACGGACCAGAGCCGGAUCGUGCCCGGAGCCGCCGACGGGAUCGAGGACAUGCUGGAGUGGGCAGGUAUCCCUCCCGACGAAAGCCCUCGCCGGGGCGGGCCGGCCGGCCCUUACCAGCAAUCUCAUAGGCUCGAUAUCUACAGAGAAGCCGUCGAGCGGCUGCUUGAGGAGGGGUCCGCUUACCGCUGCUUCUGCACACCCCAGCGCCUGGAGCUCCUGAAGAAGGCCGCGCUACAGAACCAGGAGACGCCACGGUAUGACAACAGGUGCCGCCACCUGACCGCCAAGCAGGUGGCCGAGAAGGUGAGCCAAGGGGCCGACUCCGUGGUGCGGUUCCGCCUGGAGGAAGGGUCGGAGCCCUUCCACGACCUGGUCUACGGCUGGAGCCGGCACGAGGUGGCCAGCGUGGAGGGGGACCCGGUGAUCCUGAAGAGCGACGGCUUCCCCACCUACCACCUGGCCAACGUGGUGGACGACCACCGGAUGGGGGUCAGCCACGUGCUGCGGGGGGCCGAGUGGCUGGCCUCCACCUCCAAGCACCUGCUGCUCUACCGGGCCUUCGGCUGGGACCCCCCCUGCUUCGGCCACCUGCCCCUCCUCCUCAACGCGGACGGCAGCAAGCUCUCCAAGCGGCAGGGCCACGUCUACGUGGAGCAGUUCGCGCGGGACGGCUGCCUGCCGGCGGCACUGAUGGACGCCAUCACCAACUGCGGCUCUGGGUUCACGGGGAACCGGAUGGGAAGGACGCUGGAAGAGCUGGUGGCUGAGUUCGACGUGGGCAAGAUCGAGAAGCACUCCGCCCUGCUGGAUCUGGGGAGGCUGAGCGAGUUCAACAGAAUCCACCUGGCCCGGCAGAUCGGGGACGAGAGGAGGCGGCCUGAUUUGGUGGCGGAGGUGCAGGCGUCGGUGGAGCGGGUCUACGGGGCCCAGCUGGUGGACAGAGGGGUUCUCGAGAAGGCUUACGUCGAGCAGGUGCUUCUGCUGAGGAGGGGCCACAUAAGCCGUCUUCUGGAUCUGGUGUCACCCCAAUACGCUUUCCUGUGGAUCCGGCCCACGGUGCCUCACGAGGAGCUGCAGGCCAUUUCCCUGGAGGCCGAAGAGAUAGGCCGGCUGGUCCUUGAGUUGCUGGACCAGCCGGUGGCCACCCUCACCGUCGAAGAGCUCAGCAGAGACUUGCGGCGUCUGCCGGAGCGGGUCCAAGUCACCCAGUACAGCGCCAUGAUGAAGCUCCUCCGCAUGGCCCUCAGCGGCCAGCAGCAAGGACCCAGCGUUGCCGAAAUGAUGGUCUCCUUGGGACGUGGAGAAACUCGGGCGCGGAUCCGAAGGGCCUUGCGCGGUUAACCCACCCUCUGGGGGAAAGAGACACACAGCGACACCGGGGGAGCCUUGCGUUGGGGCGCGAAGCAAGUUGGACCUCGAAGACUCCCGCAGAUCUUGCGAGCCCUUGUGGCGGCGCUCAGCGCAUCCUGCAGGAAGCAGCGCUGGGUUUCAGGACUCGAAGAAACGAUUUCCUAAUGUAAUCUCAUAGGUUGUUGUUGGUUCAGUCUUGGGCCUGAUGCGGCCAUAAUAAAAAGCGGACUCAG